CCCGCUGGAUUACGUGAACUAUGACGCCGCGCGGCGCCAGGUAAAGAUGGCGGCAGGGAAGCUGCCGGCCCGGGUGCUGGAGUUACUGCUGUCCUACGUGGACCUGCCCGACCUGCUGAGCUGCGGCCUGGUGUGCCGCCACUGGCACCAGUGCCUGGAGGCGGACGAGAACAGUGAGGUGUGGCGCAGCGUGUGCUGCCGCUUAUUGAGUGAGGAGGCCCUGAGCUCCGACAUCCUGUGUAACGUGAGCAGUUACAAGGCCAAGGCCCGGGCCCUGCGCCACGCCUGGAGUGCCGCCGACUGCUCCCGCAACGUCUACAUCAAGCGCAACGGCUUCACGCUGCACCGCAACCCCAUCGCGCAGAGCACUGACGGCGCCCGCGCCCAUAUCGGCUUCAGCGAAGGCCGCCAUGUCUGGGAGAUCUGGUGGGAGGGCCCGCUGGGCACCGUGGCUGUCAUUGGUGUGGCUACUAAACGCGCUCCCCUUCAGUGCCAGGGCUACGUGGCCCUGCUGGGUGGCGAUGACCAGAGCUGGGGCUGGAACCUGGUGGACAACAAUCUCCUGCACGGCGGAGAGUCGGCCGGCAACUUCCCGCAAUGCAAUAACGCGCCCAAGUACCAGAUUGGUGAAAGAAUACGUGUUAUUCUUGACAUGGAAGACAAGACUUUAGCAUUUGAACGAGGCUAUGAGUUCCUUGGUGUAGCUUUCCGAGGCUUGCCGAAGGCAUGUCUUUAUCCAGCGGUUUCUGCGGUUUAUGGAAAUACUGAAGUGACUAUGGUAUAUCUGGGCAAACCACUUGAUGGUUGAUUGGUACAUACAGGAAUUUAUAUCUUGGAAACCAAAGGGAGCUGCAUAACUAGCCAUGGACAGCCUUUCUAGUUCCAGGCAGUCAAAGGAGCAAUAUGCAGUAGUCCAAGGGAAAGAAGAAAGAACUGCUAGCCAGGAGAAGCCAUGAGGCCGAAUAAUCAUUGUAUAUACAUGUCUUAAUAAUCUGUAUAGUGAUGUCACAUGUCCGUGUUUUACUGUAACAUGCUGUGUACACUUUACCGUCAGGAUGGGUAAGGAAUUUGGGAGUGUUUGGCCAUAAUUCAAUCAUUUUAAUAGUUGAAUUUUAAACCCAAAAUUUGCAGUGUUAAAUUACCCAUGAUCAGAUGAUGCAAAGCUCAGGUUUCAAAGGUAUUUAUUAUUACAACAUGACCCGGGAUAGAACUGGGGUUGGGCAUGAGUGUGUGAAUAAAUUGCAGGGUGAUUAAGUUUGCGUGGCAGUACCUAGAUCACUGUCUUAAUCUACACAGGAGCAAUAGGUGAGAUUUAAAAAUCAAUGUUUACAUAAAGAAAAUAAGAGAUAAUUCAACUGAACACACUCCUGGUCCACUCUCCCAACAGCACUUUUAUUUGACUAGGUUGUAAACAGUCACAUUAAUAGGAACUCGUUUUUCAUCUCUGGCUUAAAUGCGGUGCAUUGAUUCAUUUUCUGGUUGAUGCCAUUUCAAUUUAACUGUAUAAAAUAGGCUUCAAAGUACACAUUCCUUCUGGUCUGGAACAAUCCUAUUUUAACCUUGAGAUACAUUCCUCAAGGGCGCUGUACACAUUUGGUGUUCUACGUAUCAAUUCACUUUUGAAAGAAAGAAUUAUCUCUCAAGCCUAGUGGUGCUUGCCAUUUCAAAUGUAUACUGCACAUUCAGUGCCCAGGACUUAAAGCAAGUCACUUACAUUGUAAGCACAAGUUACAUAAUUAAUGAGUUCAUGUCUGAGCUUCACACAACCUGAGCUCUAAUUAGUAAACAGGGCUGGAACUUAAAUACACAAGUUUUGUUUUCAAUCACCUUGCCAUUUGCUUGUCCAUUCUGGGGAGUGGCACUAAGCAUCUUUUAACAUAGGUGAGCCUUCUCUGGAAAAGCUCUUCAGAAAUUCUCCAGAUACAGUAAAUAAAAGCUAUCCUGGUGAGGUCCAAAAUAAGUCAACAUCUGACAUUUAAUGUCUAAAGUUCAAGAACACUCCUGGAACAGGGUGUAAAAAUGUAUAUGUGUGUGUGGGAAGGGGGAGGGGUUGAGGAAGGGAGUGUCACAUAUUCACCAUCUGUGCCAGUGGAGUUCACAUAGUCAAUUGCUGAAGUCUUUGUUAAUAGAUCUGCUAAGAUAUGAGAACAAACACCAUUACCUUGGCCUACACUUUUGAUUAGACGAACAGGCCUGUAUUUUAAACAAAAUUUCCAAGCUGCAAUGGGUGGGUAUUUAUUAAAAAGAAACACUUGUUGAAUAUGAAGCCAUGGGCUCAUUACACAUCUGUCUGGUACAAGGCAAGCCAUGAUAAUGUAUUGCUGCUACAGCAUUUUUCAUUUUACUUCAGUUAUUUUGUUGAUAUUAUGUGUAUGAGUGAUAAGCAUAAAGUUUAACAUGGAGUUGAACUUCUCUUUGCAACCUUUUAGUUGUAUCUAAAUUAUGAAAUUAAUUUCUGUGAAACAUUUUAAAUGACCUGAAUUGUGGUUAUGAACGGAAACGGACUUUUACCAUAAGAAUGGAUAGAGGGAAAAAUACAAAGCAUGUGAGCUACGAUUAAUGCAGAGCAUGUGACUGCAGAGCAUAGCUGAUACUGCUUUCGGGUGGCUGCUGCACUGAACCUUCCCCUGUGGGUUUGAAGGAUAAUAAGGAGAGUCUGCAGCUGGAACUCAACUAAGUGUAUACCUUUCUCCAAAUAUUUGUAUGUCAGUCAUACAUCUGAAUCUGGAACCUUCUGUUCCUGCCACCACUACUUGCAUCUUGAAACUGUUAGCACUUUGAUUUACUGAGUUAAAUGAAUUAUAUUAAGGGUCGUUUGGGUAAGUAGAAGCAGAAAGUCUAUUUUGCAAUUGUGUUAUUAUCAAAUGGUAAAAUGUUUUUUUGUUGCUUUGGCUAAUUCAGAGCAGAUGCCUUGUACAGUUGUGCUUCUGUGUUAACCAAAUGAUGCCCUUAUAAUUCAAGGAAUCUUUCAUUGUCUUCAGUUAAGUGUCCCCACUGCAUUGGGGAAUGAAUGGUGACUACAAAAUCCUGGCACUUAUUGCCAUUAGGUUUGCCGUGAGGGGGUGCUUUUAAGCAGCCAGUGAAGAGUUGGUGUGUUUUUUUUGGGCUGCAUUUUACCUGAAUGCAUUUGUACUUAGUUUUAUCUGUAAAUAAAUCUGGACAAGUAGUUUUCAAUAUGA